CCGAGAAAAAAACGGAGGGAUCACUGGGGCAAGUGGAGCGCGGUCGGAAACUAAUCCGGGCCUAUCUCGGCGGAGCGAGCCCCGCAGCCCCCAGGCACCCGGCAGGGGCCUCCGCCCCUUGGGGUCCUGGAGUUAAGCAAGGUUUCGCCCGCGGGGCUGCCUGGAGGAGGUGACGCGGGCCCCUCCUACCCUCCCCGCCCUCCUGCGGCUUGCGGCUGCCUUACCGGCUCGGACCCGAGCCGGCCAUGCCCAUCGCAUCCUAGCCCCCACCGGCUUCCCUGGGCCCAGCCUUGUGCUCUCCUCCUUUAUCCCCAAAAGCUCCGGAUCGUCACCCCAGAACCGAUGUUGAGGAUCCCCAAAGGGUUCUCCCCGGCCCCGGGGGGCUCCGCCCCGGCAGGACCCCAGAAGCCUCCCCAGCCGCUGCAGAUCAAGAAGGCCCUGCCGGUGGUGAGCCCAGUGUGGACGCCCGACGUGCGCAGCCCGCAGGGGGGCCCAGUCCCGGCCAGCCACUUCACGCCGUUGUACCCCCCGAUGGUGGCCGCCGUCGCCCCUGCCGCCCCGGGCAGCUGCCUGGACGCCACCCCGCAGGGGCCCGAGAUCCGCGCCGGCCGCGCUUCCGCCGGCCGGCUGCCGGGCUUCAAGGCCAAGAGAAAAUUGGAUCUGGAGGGGAUGGGACGGCAGGGACUCUCUGAGUUCCGGACACCCAAGGGGAAAUGCAGCGGAGGAGACGGCCUCCCGAGUCCCAAGACCCCCAAGUCCCCGGGUGAGAAAACAAGAUAUGACACGUCCCUGGGGCUGCUCACCAAAAAGUUCAUUUACCUGCUGAGCGAGUCAGAGGAUGGUGUCCUGGACCUGAAUUGGGCUGCUGAGGUGUUGGAAGUCCAGAAACGGCGUAUCUAUGACAUCACCAAUGUGCUGGAGGGCAUCCAGCUCAUCCGGAAGAAGGCCAAGAAUAACAUCCAAUGGGUAGGCAGGGGAAUGUUUGAAGACCCAGCUGGGCCUGGGAAGCAGCAGAGUCUGGGGCAAGAGUUGAAGGAACUGAGCAACACCGAAAGAACCUUGGACCAGCUGAUUCAGAAUUGCACCUUGGACCUGAAGACCCUAACAGAGGAUGAGACCAACCAGAGGUUGGCUUAUGUAACCUACCAGGACAUCCGGGCUAUUGGGAAUUUCAAGGAUCAGACAGUGAUUGCUGUCAAGGCCCCUCCUGAGACUCGCCUGGAAGUCCCGGACCUGAGGGAGGAGAACCUGCAGAUUUAUCUGAAGAGCACCAAUGGACCCAUUGAGGUAUACCUGUGCCCGGAGGAGAGUCGAGAGGCAGGCAGCUCCUCCCAGGAGGCCCCCGCCUCUGGCCACGGGCCCUUCACUGGCCUGCCUGGCAGCCCCGGAAGCUCUUGUGGCCUGGAUCUCAUCGCACCCCCAGCCGUAGCUCCAAAGUCCCAGCCGUCCCCAGCCCUGCUGGAGGUGAAUGAAGGCUUCCUGGACCUGCCCCACCCUCUCCUGCAGCAGACAGAGGACCAGCUCCUGUCCUCGUCCCUGAGCGGUUCUCCUCUGGUCAACUUCUCCCCGCCCCUGGACGAGGAGGACUACUUAUGGGGCCUGGAUGGUGGGGAGGGGGUCAGCGACCUCUUUGAAUCCUACGACCUGGGAGAUCUACUGAGGAACUAAGCAGCCUCAGCUCUCCACCCCUUCAUCCGCACUGGGCACUCAGAGCAGCAGUCAUGGACCUGGGGAGGUUGGAUGUUGGGGUCAGGGGAGUGUCCUCCCCCUUAGGCCCUCUCUAGCUCCCUAGUGCCCUCUGGUUUUCUUCCCUCCCUCAUGGAGUCAGACUCCAGUAAAGUUGGGGUGGCAGCUGUUUGUGGGAUGGGGUAGGGGUGUUUGGGGAUUGAUGGGAUGGGAUGGGGUAGGGGUGGCAGGCUGUGGAUCACCUCCCUUCCAUGUCCUGCCCUGUUUGAGGCUGACCCAGGGUAGGAACUGCCCUUCUUCCUUCUGAUCCCCAUCCCUGAUCAUUUCCCAGGUAACACUUCUCUCUGGCUCACACGUGGAGCUGAGGGGCUUGUUCUUGGUGGGAACCCAGUCCUCAGAGGGGUUUAGACCCAAGUUAAUGGUGCUUUGGUGUGCCUUGAUGCACUUAGUCAUUGUUGUAUUUAUUUGGGGUUUUCAGGUUUUAAUUGCUUCAAUGUUUUGCCCAGAUUCCCUGGGGUUGGUUCAGCAUGGAAACCAUUUGUUUCCCUGGUUUUUUGUUUUGUUGUUGUUUUUUAAAGGAAGACAUCCUUUCCCCUGAUCUGGCCAGUCUGAUCUUCUUGGAUAGCUCUGUAAUGAUUGGAAUGAUGCCACCUGCUGGAGAGUUACUGUAGGAAAGCUCCACCAUGAGGAGAAGGCAUCUGAGGGCAAGCCAUGUGGUUAGUUCCUUGGCGUCAGGAAGUGAUGUUUGCUCGUGGGUACUGUCUGUCAAAGCUACCAGCCAAUCAACUUGAGGAGCCUUCCAUUUCUGGGAGGAGAACACGAAGUAGGAAACAGGUGCCAGCUGAGGGCUUAUUUGCUCUUUGGGCCACAAGAUGCCAAGGAACUUGACCACAUGGCUUGCCCUCAGACACCUUCUCCUCAUGGCAGAGCUUUCCUACAGUAACUCUCCAGCGGGUGGCGUCACUCCAAUCAUUACAGCUCUAACACCUUCCGCUCUAUUGGGGGAGGCUGUGUGUAUGUGUGUGUGUGUGUGUGUGUGUGUGUGUGUGUGUUUCUGUGUGUGUCUGUCUCUGUCCAUGGGAGGAGCCUGGCAGAACAUUGGCCAACCCACCUAUGCCAGUGACCCUCCAUCCAGCUCCUUCCCCUCCCCAUUCUAGGCUGGCCAGGACCCCCUAGGCAGCUGAAGGAUCUUGGUUUCCUUGAUAGAUGGGCCUGCCUGAUUUCCAGGGCCUGGUGAGGGUUGUUCUAUGCCAUGGAAAGAUGCCAUUGCUGCAGCCCCACCCAGUCCCAGGCUCCAAGGCCAGGAGACCCUCCCUCUCUGUCUUGCCACUGACUGCCCAGGCCCCUGGUUUAUGUAGCCUGUGAUGUGAUUGACAGGAAGGGAACUGGUAUUCCUUCCCAAAAGGCACUUGGGAGUGGUGGGAGAUGGGUACAGGAUGCCCACCUAGUCCGAAGGUCCCAACUUACUGGGACUGGUUAGAGCGCAUCCCUUCAUUCCUUACUUAGGAGCCAUCUCUUCCCCUCCCCUCACAUCCCCCCCUCCCAGCCUCCAUCCCCAUCCUUUGAUCUGAUCCUUUCUGACAUAAUAGCACUACCAGGAGAGGAAAGGAGGAGCUGGUCCCACCCAGUGGGAGGCCCCAGUCCACUCCACUUCCCCCCACAGCCAUUUUGUGAGAAACUGCUCACAUCCUCAGCUUAGUUCCACUGGCCCUGUCAUUCCCCCUGGGGGGAUGGGAGGAAUGCUGACAUUUGGCGCCCUUUGGUGACUGUCCCUGACCCAGUCCCCUGGGGCUCUGAGACAACUCUCCCUUCCCAUCACCCUCCAUUAGGGAUGAGGGGCCGCCAGCUGCUUUGGUCCUUUUGUGUUUGCCUGCAAAGAGGUGGUUUAGGGAUGGCGGAGUUGGGGUGGACCCAAGCCCUCUCGGCACUGGGCUGGGAAGCACUUUUUAUUUUUUUAAGUUGAAACUGAUGGCAUUAAAUUGGUUUGCGAUGUGAACUCAA